AUGAAUUUGGUUUGUUAUUGUCUCUUAAUGAAGGCUUUUCUCUUGUCACCUUCUCUUCUUCUUUUUCCUUUACCAAUUCUUCAUCACCCCUUUGGACAUGGCCAUAAACCUAUCAUUCUAAUUGCAAAUAUUAUAAGGAUUGAAGAGAGAAGGCUUAGACAAGAGAAAAUCAAAGCUAGUUUAGAUUAUAUUUUGAAGAAAUAGAGGAAAGGAAAUUAUUAUUUAAGGUGGCGAAAAGAUGAAUGACUUGUUUUCUCCUUCGUUAAAAAAAUAUCAGGACCUGAAACAACAGGUCCAGAUGGAUGAUCUGGAAGCCGGGGCCGGAGGAGGGUCCGGCCUCGACCCUUCCCAGAAUGAAAGCAUUGAUCUUGCUAAAUUCUUUGAAGAUGUAGAGAAUGUGAAAGAAGAUAUGAAAGAUGUUGAGAAGCUUUAUAAAAGAUUACAAGAAUCAAAUGAAGAGAGCAAAACUGUGCAUAGUGCCAAAACUGUGAAGGAAAUUAGGUCUCGAAUGGACAAUGAUGUGACACAGGUAUUGAAACGAGUUAAGAUCAUCAAAGGAAAGCUUGAAGCUUUGGAAAAAUCCAAUGCAGCUCAUAGGAAAAUUCCAGGUUGUGGUCCAGGAUCCUCUGCUGAUCGAACGAGGACUUCUGUAGUUAGCGGUUUAGGGAAGAAAUUAAAAGUUCUCAUGGAUGAUUUUCAAGCAUUGAGAGCAAGAAUGAAUUCAGAAUACAAGGAAACGGUGGCGAGAAGGUAUUUCACCGUGACAGGAGAGAAAGCAGACGAUGAUCUGAUAGAGAAUUUGAUAUCAAGUGGAGAGAGCGAGUCGUUUCUCCAGAAGGCGAUUCAAGAACAAGGAAGGGGACAAAUUAUGGACACCAUAUCAGAAAUUCAAGAAAGACAUGAUGCUGUAAAAGAAAUUGAGAAGAACUUAAUUGAGCUACAUCAAAUUUUUCUAGACAUGGCUGCAUUAGUGGAAGCACAAGGACAACAAUUGAAUGAUAUAGAGAGUCAUGUGGCACAUGCAAGUUCAUUUGUUAGAAGAGGUACUGAUCAACUCCAAGAGGCUAGAGAGUUACAAAAAAGCUCAAGAAAAUGUACUUGCAUUGCCAUUCUCCUUAUCAUUCUGCUUAUUGUUGUCCUUACUUUUCCACUUUGGUCACCUUUAAUUACUAGCCGAUUAUAGAAAAUAUUAAAAAGAAAAGACCCUUUGGAAAUAUUAUUCAUUGUAAGAAUUUCUUUUCUUUAUUCA